AUGUUAAGUGUCUAUCCGACUAUGAGUUAUCCCUCUACUAAAAUAGCUCAAGCUUAUUUGCUCGCAAGUAAAGUCAAGGCUAAAUUAUCUCAAGAAGCCGUCAAAUCAGACAUUAAUUUGCAUCGUUUGGUAUGCCAGGCCAAUCUGUUGGAUAACCUUAUAGAUGAUUUGAACAGAUACGACAAAACCCCAGAUCCUUAUAGCUCUUCACAUAAGGUAUCCUACGAGUCAAUCAACACGGAGUCGGAUCCGUAUUCGCUGUUGGAUGUAAUGAACGACAAGCAGAAUUUCAAAAGUGGUGCUAUCAGCGAUGAAGAUGGUCUAAAGUAUGAGAUAGUUUAUACCUCGGAUGAUUCUGACAGUGAUGAAAGUGAUGAUGAUGAAGGUGGUGAUGAUGUUUUUUACCAUGAUGGUGAAGACGAAGCUAUUACUGAUAGCAGUCAUUUAGGCCAAACCGAGGUUGAUAUUUGCUCGGCCCUAGACAAUCUAAACAUUAAAGCGAAACCUGGAUCCCCCAUCUAUCAAAUUGAAAACAGAUGCUUUUCUAAUAGCAUUAAUCGAACAGACGACACAACUGUCGAAUAUACUCUAGCAUCUUCUGAUUCUGAAGAUGAUUCAGAUUACUCUUCGGACUCAGAAGGCGACACUUAUGAGAUGAAUAGCAUGUAUGCCUUGACCAGAGAACACUCCCAAGAUGUUCAUUUUCCUCAAUUUACAGAAGUAACUACAGAAGUCGAGAAUCGCUCAGAAGAAAAUGAGAAUUGUACAGAGACUGAUAGUUCCUCGGACGAAGACCUUUCAUCUUUGUCCAAUUGCUCUUCAGUAGCCUCCUUUGAUAAUUUCGAAUAUAUCGAAAACUCCGAUUUGAAAACGUUGUCUGAUCUCAAACUCUCUGUGUUCUCUUCACCUCAAGUUGAUUCUACCGAUGAAUUCGUAUAA